UAAAGAUUUCUCUAACCAAGCGAUGUUACUUCGAUUAGUAUAAUCAUAAAAUUAAUAAAAUGACGUUCUUAAAAAUGUAGAUGUUACCAUAAAUUUUAACCUCUGACUCUCGUCGGUACCGAAAUGAUAAGACACAUUAUUUUAGUCCGCUAGUAACUGUGCGAAAAAUGAGUCAAGGAAAGAAAUUGCAGCCACUACGAAAAGUUGGGAUCAUUGGUGUGCCGUUCGAGAAGGGUCAGAAGAAAUAUGGAGUGAGUGUGGCACCGGCCGCUCUCCGCGCUGCCGGCCUCAUUUCAAAACUAAAGGAGAUCGAGGGGCUCGACGUCAAAGACUAUGGCGACAUCGAAACACCGGAUAUUAAAGAAGUGAAGGUGGAUAAUAUGGCCCACUUGGCUCUGGUCUCAGCAUGCAACAAGAAACUAUCUGAACGAGUCACACAAGUUCUCAAGGAUGACAGGAUCGUGGUCACUAUUGGUGGUGAUCACUCUAUUGGUGUCGGGACUGUCGACGGGCACUACAAAGUUAAUGAAGAUAUGAUCCUUGUUUGGGUGGACGCUCAUGCAGACAUUAACACUAACAAAACAUCAGAUUCGGGUUCAGUACACGGAAUGCCAGUCGCUCUACUAGUCACGGAAUUUCGCAAUUACUGGCCAUACCUACCCACAAUGGACUGGCAAGAUCCCGUAUUCUCCAUUAAGAGCUUGGGAUACAUUGGCCUUCGUUCCGUUGAUAAUUUUGAAAGGCUUGCCAUAGAAAAGUAUAAAGUGCCGACAUUUGCGAUGGAAGAUGUGGAAGAGCAUGGUAUCAAGAACUCCAUACAGCAUGUAUUGCAAGCUCUGGAUCCGACUAGCAGUAGACCAAUCCACGUGAGUUUCGAUAUCGAUGCACUGGACGCAUUGGAGGCACCCAGCACUGGUACUCCAGUUCGCGGAGGAUUGACUCUUCGCGAGGCCAUCUGUCUGAUGGAGAUAGUGCACGCGACUGGCCGCCUUCGUGCCGUGGACCUCGUUGAGGUUAACCCUGCCAUUGGCAAUGAAAAAGACAGAAAUCAAACUAUCGAAGCUGGCUUAUGUAUCCUGAAAGCAGCAUUGGGUUUCUCAAGGCGAGGCACUGCGCCCCGUGGGGUAUUGGAUCUACCUAUCCAGGAUCCCAAUAAGCCGGCUUCGUAAUGACUGAGUAGCACGUAAAUCUAAAUUUCUCGAUGUAAAUAAAUGAGUGGCUAUGAAAUUUAGACUUAUUACCUGCAUAUAUCUACUUGUAGUAAAUGUUAAGUAUAAAACAAAUCUAUCAAAUGUGUAUGUGUGUAUGUGCCUAUAAUAGAGGGAUAGGCAACUGCAAGGUGUAGAUACCCACUAUUAUAACUGAGUACUUUUUAUUUUAUAGUGCUAAUAACCGAAAGGUGUUCACAUACCUACCUAAAUAAUUUUAUAUAUUUACCUACCUUCAGUCUUACAAUAAAGUAUUAAAGUGAA